UUUUAAAAAAUAUAUUCCAAAAAUUUUCGUUAAAUUAGAAAUUAUUAGCAAAGAAAAGAAAUUUUUUUCUUGUGCACUGAAAGUAGAAUAAUGUCAAAGAGUGCCACCGAGCAAUUUCAAAUUAAAAAGAAACGAAAACACCACAAACAACUGCUGAAUUGUAAACUUAGUUGUAAACGUAGUGAAACAACUGCUCCCCACUUUGCUCCCUUAGCCAAUACGUUAAUCAAAGAGAAUUUGAAAAGAUUACCACAAGAAAACCUACGCUUUAAUCUAAAGCCAGCGAGUUGCACUUUGCCUGUCGUUAAUCAAAUCAGAAAUAUCAAAAAUUGUUUACGCGAUCAGACACAAGUGUUGCUUUGCAAAUCAAGGGACAGCAUCAUGCCACUGUCGCAGGGAUUUUAUGUUAAAGGUGCCAUAGCCAGUAAACGUGGGCUGAAAUCGAUGCGAUUAAAUAGCCCGAACACAGCAACAACUAUGGCCGCUAUAUCAUCGAUGCCAACGGUUGCUAAGAAGGCUCGCAGAGCAAGCGAGAAUAUGGGUGACCGUUGUGGGCAGAGCGCCGCAUCGCAAUUGACAAAUCAAUUCUUGCAAGGACAAACCACAAAUAAUUUACAGCUUUCUUACCUGUUGGGCGAAUCCUUGGCGCGUCAUGGUCGUUUGCAAGAGGCAUUUAAUUUGUAUGCGUUAAUUGCGAGCGAACAGCCGGAGGGUUUUAUACCCUUGGAAAAAUUGCAUGUAUUGGCUACAGCACUUAUCGAGUAUGUGCGUGCAUUGUGUUUAAAUUCCAGAAAAGCUGAGCACUCCGAAAUUGAAUUAAUGGAUCCUAUAACAGCGACCGUUACGCUUACAAAGACAACAAAUGAUCAUAAGUUAGGCAAUAACGGUUCAAAAAGCAAUAAGUCUUUAAAUCCUGGUCUGCUAACGCAAGGAUGGCAGAUUAUUGCCAGCAAUCUAACGACCCACAUGCCUGCAUUUGGCGGUACUGAAGAGGAAGAUACCGCUUAUAAUUUGCAUUCCCCGUUAAGAGAUCUCUCACGCGUUUCCAGUCCCUUUCUCAGUGAGGAAUAUGAUCCGCUAUUGUGCCCUUUGUGUCGAGACAUUUUACGCUCACCCGUCACCACCAAUUGUGGUCAUACAUUUUGUCGUCAAUGCUGUGAAACUAUUACCAUGUGUAACAUAUGCCACAUUAAAUUUUCCAAAUAUCAGCGAGAUGAUUGCGGAAAUGAAACAACGAUAUUGAAACAUUGCACUACCGCUACAGCUAUGACAACGGCCAGCACCAUGACCACUAGUACCAAUAAUAAUGGCGGUCAUGUAUCUUAUGUUUAUGCUCCUGGCUUUUUGGGUGCCACAUCUUUAACAAAUCCUUCAUUUCCAGUUGCCGGUAGUCCAGCCAACACCACUCAAUCACGCCUACGCUUAAGUGCGCCUGCAUCGCCUACAACGGUUACCACCACGACAGUAGCCUCAACAACAGAUACGCCUACCACAACAAUGGCUUCAACGGCCAGAGCAAAUGGUAUGGUCAGUACCGCAACCACUUCUAAUGAAAGCAUGAAAUUUAUGCCUGAUGUGCUUGUACGACGUUUAGUAGAGAAAUGGUGGGGUUCAGAUUUGCAGGCUAAAAAAAUUAACGAAACCGCAGCCAGUUACAUGCAUUUGAAUUUAUUGGACGAUGCUUUGAAAUUUUGCAACGCCAGUCUCGAGAAAUGUAAGUAAAUCUAAAGUCAUUUUUUAUUAAAAAAAAAAAAAAAUUUAAAUGCCCGGCAAUGUUAAGGAUAUUAAACCCGUUCUAUAAGCACAUCGAAUUUUGCUAAAUUUGAGUUUGAUUUAAUCGCAGCUUACUAAACCCAAAUUAAACGUUAAGCGAGUUAAGCAACAAAACGUUUUUAAUCCUCUACGCAAAGAAUAUCAAGUAUCUCUGGUCUCGUCUAUCCCCACGUAUCUCCUGUUUAAAACACGAACUCAAUUUCUCCUCCACUGCUACCGAGGUCUUCUCAGUUUUUCUGCUUUUGUUUUAUGUCACAGCUUAUCGUUUAAGUAUUAAUCGAUGCGCAUAAUUUGCGCAACACUCUUUUCUCUCUCAUAAUUUAUACUAAAUCACGGCAUCUUCCAGCUUAAUUUGCAAUUUCUUUUAAUUGUUUCGAUAAAUAAACUGUUAAAGGCCUUGUGGAAAAUUCGACUUGGUCGUGCAUUCAUCAAUUGAAUCAA